GUCAAACCCGUUGUCACCUGUCACACACAGUUCGCAAUCUUCCUUCUUAUUUACAUUCUAAUUGGUGAGCUUCGUCCGAAUCUUACAAUCCCAAAACGCGAUACACUGCCACGACGUACGAUGACCGCCCACCCGGGAACCCUGUCCAUGGACACAUUCCACAGCUCCUGUCGGAUCUGCUCGUCGGUGGUAGCGAGCGCUGUUCCGCUGAACAACUUCCCGGACAGCAGUACCAGCAGCUUGGCCGAUAUGCUGCGGUACUGUGUGAAUCUAGAGAUCAACGAAUACGAUGGUCUUCCGUACCAAUGCUGUGAGCAAUGCAAAGCGGACCUGGUUGUUGCGUACAAACUGGUCAUCCGGUGCCAUCAGUCCGAUGCCAAGUUCCGGGGGUUGCUUAUGGAUAGCAAAACCGAUGCUAGGGAUUCGUUGAUGGAAAGUGAUGAGUUUCCUCAGUUGGUAGACAGCUUGAUAAAAACUGAAGUCUCCGAAGACGUGCUGAACGAUGAGUGCGUUUACGCAGAACCACUGCAGCCGGAGGUGGAUGUAAAGCCGAUUGUGAAGAAAGAGAAACGCCGUGAAGUCUCGGAAGAUAGUGAUUCCGAAGACGACGAUGAAGACUAUGCUGAUCCGGAUUUUAAGCAGGAAAGUGAGGAUGAUGAAGAGGAAACCAGCAAAAAGCCAGUAACGAAGAGAGGCCGGAGACCAGCGAAUAAGGAAAUCAAACGAUGCUGCAGAUGUAAAGAGAAGCUGUCUACAAUGGAGGAGGUGCUCCAACAUUCGCAAACGGUUCAUGCCAACACCAAGGUUACGGACCGAGCAAGAAUGGAGGCGCGUCCGUACGAGUGUGACGUGUGUUUCAAACGGUACACCACCAGGAAAGCUCUAGCUCUGCACAAGGAGCAACUGUACGUUGAAAACGAAUUCAAAUGUGAUAAGUGUGAGGAAGACUUUAAGAGCAAAAGUCUUCUCGAUCAGCACAUCGAGUCACACGCAAGGGAAAUGAUUCAACCGUAUUGCAAUCGCAAGGGACAACUACCGCGAUGCUGCGCGUGCUACGAACAGUUUGAAAAUGACGAACUACUUAAGGCACACGCCGCAGAAAACCACCAGCCGGAAAGUCUCACCGCAGACGAUAAAGACAAUCAGUAUUCUUGCGACGUGUGCUUUCGACGGUACAAAAGCUUGCGAAUCCUUCGGGAUCAUCAACUCAAAGCGUACCGCGUGCAAUCGUAUCAAUGCGCGACCUGUGGCCGUAUCUUUCGGGACAAAACGGCAAUGGCCGAUCACGAACGCUCGCACGAAGAAGGGAAAUCCUUCGUUUGUCCAAUUUGUGCGAAAACUUUUGUCAUGAAGGACUCAUUCCGGAAGCACGUACGAGCUCACUCCAUAGCAGCGGAUCGAUACAAGUGCGAGGUGUGUGGAAGAGGAUUCAAAACGAAUUCCAACCUGAAGAACCACCUGAUUACCCACAAUCCGAACCACCGGCCGCUCCAGUGUACGCUGUGUCCAUCAUCGUUCGCCUGGAAAACCUGUUUGCAGGCUCAUAUGAAACUGCACACGGGAGAGAAACCAUUCAAGUGUGAUCAGUGCGACGCUAGUUAUGCAUUCUCGACGGAUCUUAAGCGACACAUCAUGGCCCACCAAGGCAUAAAGCCGUUUGUUUGUACUAUCUGUGGGCGCGGAUACCCACGUAAGGAUUACCUGCGAAAACACAUGGCCAAUCACUUGACGCAGGCGUGAUUAGUUUGUACUGAUAAAGUUGAUAAAUCUUCUUUGUAAGCCCGUACUUUUGUUAAGAUUUAAUAAAUAAAGUGGUGAAAGAGUAAUACAACAUUCAUUUUUACGCUGACAAGGAUA